UAUCACUGCACCACAUCACUGCCACUGAAGGGACUGUGGACAGAGACUCUGCUAAGAGUUUGGACAGUUAAGACCAGAGCAUGUUUGUGACCGUGUUCCUCCUUCUGGUCACUCUGUGUGCCCAGGGAGGAUAUGGAAAGGAGAGAGAAGAAGUACAGAGACCCGGCCAUGUUUCGGUUGUGAUAGUGGGAGGCACAGGUGACCUGGCAAAAAAGUACUUGUGGCAUGGCUUCUUCCAGCUGUACGUUAACCAGGUCAGUAGUGGAAACACCUUUUCCUUCUACGGCGGAGGACUGUCACCCGCUGACACGGCCACACCCCUCCUCUUUGACAUCCUAAAGGCAGUGUCAUGCUCAAAGGACGUAUCUCAGGAGCGCUGCUCUCUUCUGAAAGAGCAGUUCCUUCGACUCUCACAGUAUCGGCAGCUGAAAGCCCUUGAGGACUACCAGGAUCUGACCAAGCACAUUGAGAAACAACUUAAGGAAGAGGGAAUGACAGAGGCAGGGAGACUCUUCUACCUCUCAGUGCCAGCUUUUGCAUAUGCCGAUAUUGCUGAAAAAAUCAACAGCAGUUGCAGGCCGACCAGUGGGGCGUGGUUGAGGGUGGUGCUAGAGAAACCCUUUGGACAUGACUUUAGGAGUGCUCAGGUACUAGCAUCUCAGCUCGGGAACUCCUUGAAGGAUGACGAAAUGUACAGAAUUGACCAUUACCUGGGGAAGCAGGUGGUUGCAAAGAUACUUCCAUUCAGAACAGAGAACAAGAAGUUUCUGGAUCCCAUCUGGAACAAGCACCACAUCGAGAGAGUGGAGAUUGUGCUGAAAGAGACCCUGGAUGUUAAAGGUCGUAUUCCCUUCUAUGACCAAUACGGGGUGAUCAGAGAUGUGCUACAGAACCACCUGACUGAGGUCAUGACGCUGUUGACCAUGAAGCUUCCCAUGAAUCUGAGCAGCAAUGAGGAAGUCACGCAAAACAAGCUGAGGGUAAUCAGUUCACUGCUGCCCUUAGGAAAGAAUCAAGCUGUGCUCGGCCAGUACCAAUCAUACAAGUCCGAGGUUCAGCAGGAGCUGAAUAUGACGAAAGACCGCAUCACUCAUACGCCAACAUUUGCAGCUGUACUGGCACACAUUGAUGAAGCCCAGUAUGAAGGUGUGCCAAUUCUUUUAAUCUCAGGGAAGAUGUUAGAGGAGCGGGUGGGAUAUGCUCGCAUACUUUUCAAGAACAACAUCUUUUGUCUUCAAAACCACGACAGCAUUCACUGCAAGCCCAAACAGAUUGUUUUCUACUUUGGGCAUGGCAGCCUUAAAUAUCCAGCAAUUCUUGUAAGUAAGAAUUUGUUCAAGCCAGUUUUAACGGACGGUGAGUGGAAGGAAGUUACAGAGCAUGCUGAUAUCAGUGUUUUAGGUUUGCCAAUUUCAGACUACUAUGUUCAAACUCCAACGGAGGACAGGGAAGCGUAUGCAGAACUGAUCUCUCACAUCUUUGCUGGACAUAAAAAUAGUUUCAUUAGUACUGAAAACCUGCUGGCUUCUUGGGGCUUAUGGACACCGCUGCUCAAUAGCCUAUCCAGCUCUUUUCCCCGCAUCUACCCUGGUGGUGUAGACAACGGGGACAUGCUGGACGUCCGUCUGAAAGGGAAGGACAUUAGCUACAACAGCGAGGUGGUGAUAAUCAGCCCCGAUCAGAUGGGUGGCACGUCAGCAAGUGGUUUCCAAGUGAUGCAAGGCAAAUUUCGUAAUAAUAACAUGGUGUCCGCCUGGGCUGAGCAGCUAGUGGAGCAGCUAGCUGCUGAUGUGCAGGAAGCGGCGGAGGCAGCCGUGCGUGAGAGCGGCGUUUUCCAUCUCGCCCUCUCUGGUGGCUCCACACCCCUCGCUCUGUUCCACAAUUUAGCCCUGCACCACUUCUCCUUCCCCUGGAGAGACACCCAUGUGUGGAUGGUGGAUGAACGCUGCGUGCCGCUUACUGAACCGGAGUCUAACUUCUACACACUCUAUAACCAACUGCUACAACAUGUUAGGAUACCCUAUUUCAACAUCCACCCCAUGCCAGUGCAGCUCAACCAUCGUUUAUGCGUGGAGGAGGACGGGGGAGCACAGCUGUAUGAGAAAGAGAUCAGCAGUUUGGUUAAUGGCUCCAGCUUCCACUUCGUACUGUUAGGAGUUGGCUAUGACAGCCACACAGCUUCUCUGUUCCCAGGUACUAAAGUGGAUGAACUUGGGGAGAGACUGGUGGCUUUCACUGAAAGCCCUGACAAACCUCACCAGCGUAUGAGCCUCACGUUCACGGCAAUUAACCGAGCCCAGAAAGUGGCUCUUUUAGUGAUGGGUAAAGGCAAGCAUGAGAUGAUCACCCAGAUGAGCCGAGUGAAGGACAACCCAUUGAAAUGGCCUGUCACCGGAGUGAAGCCUGCUAAUGGCCAACUUGUGUGGUACAUGGACUAUGAUGCACUUUUCGGAUAGGGGUUGUAAUCCUAGCUUUUAAUCAGACAAAUGUCUUUGGAGCUGCUUUAAUUCAACAGCUGAUUUGGGGGUAAAGAAUGUAUGAGGACCAGUAGUUUUACAUGUUUCUGCUUAUUAACUACAAUCACAUUUACUGAUAAUUAGUGCUGCAUGUUUUUAAAAUAAUGCCAGCAGAUUUCUGAUUGAUCUCCUACUUUCCAACCAGCCGUUUGUUAGAGUCUAGAUACAUGAACUUUAAUCAGAAUAAUAAAUCCAUUAUAGCUAUCAGUGUCAUAUGGCAGCUGAAAACAGAAAACCGUUUUUAAAAAACAGCCCCUUCUUGGAGGAUUCAUUUGCUUAUGGGGAAACAUGGACACUGUGCAAAGAACAUUAUACAGUUUGUGGUUUCUCACAUUAAAAGGGACGCUUUUUUCCAGCACAUGAUUUCACCAGCAGUAAAGCGUUGCAACUGGAUUAUGAACUGGUGAUAACUUAAUAGCUAAAAGUUAAAAGCUUUGAAAAUUUGCUGGCAGGAAUGUUUAGAAGUAUUUCUAAUUAAUAGGGGCAAAAACAACGGGUAUGGUCCUUUUUACUGAAAGUUAAAACCUCAUUUGAAUAUUUUUCUGUGUGUGUGUGUGUGAGAGUGUGAAAUGAGUUUGAUGGUUUAACUAAGCCUAAUUAAUAUGAGAUGAGUGAAAAUCUAGACCAAUAUACGAAGUAUACACAUGUCUGCAGUUUACAGAGUGCAGACCAUGUUGCACUGAGCAUCUGAUGUUGUAAACAUGUGGUGCCUAAAGCCACUUCCAGCAAACACAAGGAUUUGUGCACUUAUUAUAACCCAGGAUUGUUGUAUGUUUGAAUUAUAUCAGAUCUCAGGUGAACUUUGGUGUAAUCUACACUUAUUGAUUGUAUGUUUCAUAUUGUCCAGUGACAGUGAACCCCUGCACAAAACAAAAUUGGAAAUGAGACUGGUUUCGUAAAUAAUAUAUUUUGUUUGCAUAAUGAUAAUACAGAUACAAACAUUUGUAAUUAAAAUAUUUAGGGUGAUUCAAAAUAUUUGGUGCUUCACCAAUAAAUAGCACAUUCCCAACCCACACACAUUCACAUUCCACGUAGAGAAAUCUGUACGUGUGAUCUUCAGGUGCUUUUUCUAGAGUCCAAACAAGAGUAGCUUUAUUUCAAUAUCAGGUUGAUUCAUGUUUCAUAAAAGUUUUUGCACACCAUAAAGUCUUACAGUGGUGUAUGAUCAAAACCUUUUGACUUGAAAACAAAACUAAACAAUCAGCUGUGUUAAUAAAGUGAGUUCAAGUGAU